AUCGUGAAAAAAGGAAAAACACUACAUGAAGCCAAACGGGCCGUCAAUCUAUUCGGGUCGACCCAAAUCAACAAUAUAAGCCUAUAGUUCUUCGCUUUCAAUCUGGAACUAAUCAUAUCUUUUGCUGUUCCCAUCAAGUUUAAAGAAAAGAGAACAAGAUGACUACUGCGGCUCGACCAACCUGGGCACCUGCUAAAGGAGGGAAUGAACAGGGCGGUACCAGAAUUUUUGGCCCUUCUCAGAAGUACUCUUCAAGGGACAUUGCUUCCCACACCACACUAAAGCCCAGAAAGGAAGGGCAAGACACUCAGGAGGAACUGCAGAAGAGGAAUCUUCGUGAUGAGUUGGAGGAGCGUGAGCGAAGACAUUUUUCGUCUAGAGAGGACAAAGAUCGUAGGAAGGGAGGGCAUCUGCUCUUGGAAGGUUCAAAAAGAGAGAUCGAAGACCGUAUGAUUCCACGGAGUGCAGAUGCUGAUGAUGAAGUGGAAAUAAAAAGUGAUGACGAGAGUGAUGACGACGAUGAUGAUGAGGAUGAUACAGAAGCUCUUUUGGCUGAGCUUGAACAGAUAAAGAAGGAAAGAGCAGAGGAUAAACUACGGAAGGAGCGUCAGGAACAAGAAGAGCAGCUUAAAGUCAAAGAGGCAGAAUUGAUACGCGGAAAUCCUCUGCUGAAUAACGCGACCUCGUUCAGUGUGAAAAGAAGGUGGGAUGAUGAUGUGGUUUUUAAGAACCAGACUCGUGGUGAGACCAAAACACCCAAGCGCUUCAUCAAUGACACUAUUAGGAGUGACUUCCACCGCAAAUUUCUCCAGAAAUACAUGAAGUAGCAAGUUGCUGUUUUAAAGUUGGAGGAUUCUGAAUUAUGUUUUCAUUAUGAAUCAAGAAUGCUAUCAUAUAUAUGUAUUAAAUUGUAUUAUAUAGUUUUAUCACUGGAUUAUAAAUCAUUUCUGAAGUUAAAUGUUAGUCAUAUGUUCAGCAA